GGUAACACUGCAUUCUUUUUUAUUUUGUUGUUGCUAUUUUGAUCAUUUAUUAAAUUUUGCACAAACUACGCGCCAUUUGGACGCUUUUUGGACAUUUCCCCCGGGCAUUUCGAACAUUAGCGGAACUUGGAGGUGUUUUUAUGCCGGAUUUCAUUUGGAAAUCAGGAUGUCGCAGGAAAAGAUUGGUGCCAAUGUGGCCGGCAUGACAUCAGAAAUAGAAGAGAUUCUCUUGGAUUUUUGCAUCUGCAUUCAGGGCAAACAGUCGCCCGAAGUUCACGAACUCGCCAUAGCCCGAGCUGCUCAGUGUUUGGCCGCAAAUCCUGGUAACUUUCGCCAUUCGAUACCUUUUACCGAACGCGAAUGUGUCCAGAAGAUAAUGAAGAUCCUGAAUGCCAGGGAGAAUGUGGACGGAUUUAAUGUGGCGGGCAAAUUCUACGCCAUCUACGGCAGGUUUCUGCAGAUUAAGUUCGAUCCCUACCUAAGGCAUUCGCUGUUGAGCUAUCUGCUCUCGCUGGCAGACAAAUCCGUGGAGUGGUCGUCUACAAAUGGAGACUCCUCGCCGUCAUCAAUCACCACUUUUGAUCGUGAAUCGGAUAAUCUUCGUCAGGUUUUGAGCAGUCGAACGUCCGCCAGCACAUUUCGCAGCUCUUCGAAUGGCUCUUCCACCGCAUAUGCAUCCAGCAAGCAGAACGGCAAUGGCAAUGGCAAUGGCAGUGGAGUGGCCAACGGUGGCAGCGUAUACAGCUACGAUGCCUCACAAUCCAGCCUGGGAUUGGGCCAACAGCCCAUGCCCAACUACCUGAGCAUAAUUGAAGCACAAAAGAAUCCCGAAGUCAUGCAGGAUAUAGUGACAAAUGCCGUUUACUCCUUCACCGGCGUCCAAGGGAAAUACCUAAAGAAGGACAUAGUCUCGGGGCGUUUUAAGCUCGAUCCACUGAACAUCAAGGCACUGACCAUCGGCCAAGCGGGCAUGUUGGUCCGUCUUUCCGAACUUGGCUACUACCACGAUCGCGUGGCCAAGUUCGCGGACGUGACGACCGGCUUUAAUGCCAUGGGCUGCAUGGGUCAGGCCCUCAUAUCGAAGCUCAAGGAGGAGCUGAGCGACUUCCAUGGCCAGGUGUCCGUGCUACACGACGAACUCAAUCGCCACCGGGAGGCCCGACUGAGUGGUGAUGGCGGUGGCGGUGCCGAUGGCAAUGAACUGACGCUGUUCAAGCUGCUCGCCUGGUACAUGAAACCACUGCACCGGAUGCAGUGGCUCACCAAGAUCGCCGAUGCCUGCCUGAUGAAGAAGGGCGGCGAUUUGGCAUCGACUGUUUACGAUCUGCUGGACAAUGGGAACUCGAUGGUCAGGGAACUGGUCAAUCAGUUAAUGACCGCCAUUUGUGGGCCGCUGGUUCGCAUGAUCUCCACGUGGAUGCUGGAGGGCGGCAUUUGCGAUCUCUACGGCGAGUUCUUUGUGGAGUCCCUCAGCGAAGUGGGUCCGGAUCGGCUAUGGCACGAUAAAUUUCGCCUCCGGUGGGCCAUGCUGCCCAAGUUUGUGCCCCUGGAACUGGCCAAUAAGAUUCUCAAAACGGGCAAAUGCAUUAGCUUUCUGAGGGAAAUCUGCGAGACGCAGGAACUAGUCAAAAGUCGCGACCAACUCAAGCAGAUCAUGGACAACAAUGUUGCCCACAUCUUUUCUUACGUGCCGGACACUAGUUGGCAUGCGGCUGUGGAAACGUGCUACCAGCAGACCUCCAAACAUGUCCUAGACAUCAUGGUCGGUCCACACAAGCUGCUGGAUCACCUGCAAGGCAUGCGUCGCUAUUUACUGCUGGGCCAGGGCGACUUUGUCAGCAUUCUCAUCGAGAAUAUGAAGGACGAACUGGAACGCCCGGGCGUUGAUAUAUAUGCCCACGAUCUCUCAGCCAUGUUGGAUGCUGCUCUCCGGUGCACAAAUGCCCAGUACGAUGAUCCGGAUAUACUGAACCACCUCGAUGUGGUGGUGCAGCGGCCCUUCCCCGGGGACCACGGCUGGGACAUCAUCUCGCUGCAGUACAUCGUCCAUGGACCCCUGGCUACAAUGCUGGAGCCCACCAUGCCGGUGUACAAGACGCUCUUCAAGCCCCUCUGGCGCAUGAAGCACAUGGAGUUCGUGCUCUCGAAGAAGAUAUGGAAGGAGCAGAUGGGCAACGCAAAGACCCUCCAUUCGAUGAAAUCAGAGAUCGGCAAGCCGUCGCACCGCCUGUACCUCUUCACGUCCGAGAUCAUGCACUUUAUCCACCAGAUACAGUACUAUGUGCUCUUCGAGGUGAUCGAGUGCAACUGGGUGGAGCUGCAGAAGAAGAUGCAGCAGGCGACGGCCCUGGACGACAUCCUGGAUGCUCACGAGAAGUUCCUGCGAACAAUCACGCUGGGCUGUUUUGUCAACACCAAGUCGGACAUGAAGAAUCUGGAGAAGGUGUACGAGAACAUUAGCGCGCUGGAGAACUGGCAGUCGCUCUUCUACAAAGAUUGCUUCAAAGAGCUGGGCGCCCGCCAGGAACUGGCCAAUAUAGUGGAGCAAUCGGAGAGGGAGGGUGGCUUCGGCCUGACCAACGAGCUCAUCUUACAGCGUGACCAUGAGCGCAAGAUCUUUGCCGAACAGGUGGAAAUUGCCUGCCACGGCCUGGAGUGUAUUGCAUCCGACUAUGAAAAGGCCGUUAGCAGUUUCCUAAUGACCCUCAACUCCAGCCACGAUCCGAAUCUCCAGCUCUUUGGGACUCGGCUGGACUUCAAUGAGUACUACAAGAACAGGGACACCAAUCUGAGCAAGCCGCUGACUUUCGAGCACAUGCGCAUGAGCAAUGUGUUCAGUCAGAACAACAGAAACAGCCGGUUCGUAAUCCAUUCUCCGGCCACCAUCUCAAAGGAAUAGCAGGGUCGGUGCAACGCUCCUGCAAUCACAUCAUCCCAGUGCCAAUAUGCGAAUGAUCAGGCCUCACCAUUGCAUCCAGUUCAACUGCUGUUAAAUAUUUGAGAUAUCACAAUACCAUUGAAGCUGAAGCUAAGCAAACGAAGCAAACGAAAGCAAUCAAGCAAACUAAUCCAACUAGAAACUAAGCUAUUUUUGCACUCAUAUGUACACAUAUAUCUCAAGCAUUUCCGUCAAUCGGCUGGCUGAUCGGCUGGCCAUCAACUUCAUAUAUCUCGAAUAUUUAUCUCUCAUCUCUCAUUUUUUUGGGUAGUUGUAAUCGAAAAGUAUUAAACGAAGAUUCGUUUGUCGAGUGGCGCACAUUGUUUUUAAAAUCCCCUAAUUUUGAACAUCGAAGGCUGUAGUUGCGAACAGUUGCGAUGGCACAACUAAAGCUUAUUUAAAACUUGUUUCUGUAAGUGAGUUUGUCAAUUGCCGAAUGGUAAUGUUAGAGAAUGUUAUGGAUUUUAAUAGGAAAAGUUAGAGAACGUUUUAAAAUGUUAAUGUUUUGAACAGUUUUAAAUCGUAAUGCGAGCUCUAAAUAAACG